UCAGAACCUUUCCUAAUAAAAUCAUGGUUAGAAAACGCUCAAGAAAACAGUAACUUGUGCGCAUGCGUAUCAGAUGUAAACAACUAGCGCAUCCGUUUUAAAAAAAGAAAACAAAUUUUAUAGCAAUUUUCUGAAAAAGACAAGAAGGAUCAUGGAUACAGACUCGGGAUAUUUAAAACUUGAUCAAGAAUUUGACAGAUACCUGGCAGAGAUGAAACCCCAUGUGCUGAAGCUGCCUCAUAAAACUGAUCGUCAGAAAUGUGCAGUGUGGAUAAAAAAACUGUGUGAGCCUACUUCUGGUUUAUCAGGAAGGAAGAACAGAAAUAUGUAUGGACAGUUAAUGUUACACAUGUUGAAGAGAGGGGUUUUAGAGGGACCGUUUACCAGUAAGCCACAAGACGGGCCUCUAUCUACGCUUCCAGCCUACAUGUCUAUUUAUUUGGAAGACCAGGCAGAGAAGAGCUUUAGCGAGACAAAUCAGGUUCCAGAUUGGGUAAAUGGUGAAUUAACAACAACAGCUGGGAGCUCUCUGUUCAGAUCCACCAUUGGGAAUCCAGCGGCACAUUCUACAUGGAGAUCUGGAUUGUCUCCCCCUGGCUCACCUAUUAGGAGACCGCAUACAGCACUGGGUAUAGAUACAGAGAAGGACAUACUUGCCUCUUCUUCUCCCCGAAAAGAUUAUCAUAGUCGACCAGACACUGCUCCAUAUGCCUAUGAUGAUUUGAGUUUUGUCAACACAAAAAAGAAACCUCGAUCAGGAUUUAAUUACCAUUCUGAUGAGGAGGACAGUGUGAUUGGGGGACUUAAGCUUAAAAGAAGAGAUGGUAAAGGCAGCAGAUCCCCAGAUUUCACAUCCAAGGUGGAGACAACAGGGUGGUCAGAAGCCACUGCAGGCUCAUCUACCAGUUCUAACCCAUAUCUCAAAGGUAUAACAUAUGCUGAUGAUACAACCUUACCUCCAAAAAGCAGUAAAGAGGGAGGUGAUAUGAAAGUCAAAAUGGUUGAAGCAAAAUUUCAUGAAGAAAAACUUCGACUACAACAAAAGCAUGAUGCUGCCGUACAGAAAAUACUUGACCGUAAAAAUGCAGAGAUAGAAGAUGUCAAAGUUCAGCAUAGAAAUAAAAUGAAAGACAUGGAAGAACACAUGUCAAAAAUGGACAAGAAAAUCCAGAAUUUACUAAAGGAAAGUCAACAAAUGCAGGAUACUAAAGAUAGGCAGAUAUCUGACAUAAAAAAUUUACUGGAGGAAACUAACACUACCAAAAGACAGGAAUUUGAGAAGAAGAUAAAUGAUAUCGUGUCAGAAUUUGAGCAGGAGAAAUUUGAGAUGCAGAAACAACAUACAAAAAAUAUACAGGAAAUCUUAGAUGACACAAAUGCCCGUCUGCAGAAAAUGGAGCGGGAAUACAGUCAGCAGACGACAUCCACACAAAAUGUGAUAAAGGAGUUGGAAGGGCGUGUCCAGCAACUGAUGAACGAGACAGAAAAUGUCAAGAAAUCUCGUGCACAUCUGGAAAAGGAGAAGACGGAGGCGGACUCUAGAAUCGAGAGGUUCAAGUCUGAGUUACGUACCCAGCAAGACAAGAUGUUAUCUAUGGAACAGGACCACCAGCGGUCCUUGGAGCAGCAUGACCAGGACCUGAGAUCCCUGCAGCGGAAGACCGAGUCCAACAUCGACUUCAUGAAACAAGAGCAUAACAUGGCUCAAACUAAGGGAUGUUGUUAUAAGGCAGCCGAGACCGUGUCUGAAUUAGAGAGUCAUAUCGACCAGUUGAAGCGAAACUUGAAGGACGCUGAAGAACAGCGUCAGCGUCAAAUACGUGAGAUGGAACAGGUCCAUAAACAAGACAAGUACCACAUGGAAACUUUACACGAAAAACAGCUGUCAUCGGCUAAGAAAGAGAUUGAUCAGCUCGAUGCAGAUCUUCAUAAGAAAAUAAAGAGUUUGGAACAAAUUGUGAGGGAUAGAGAAGAUGAAAUCAAACGUUUGUCUGAGAAAAAUCGCCACCAGGCCCAGGAGUCUGAGAAAGCUUUGUCAGCGUUCAAGGAACAGGUUGAUAAAAACCAGACACGUAUGUUUGACGAUAUGAAACAACAAAUGGCACGGGUAGAAUCAGAUCUUAACAAGUCUAAACAAGCACGGGAAAAGCAGGCAAAGGAGUUUAACAGGCAAAUUGAUGAAGCAAAGGCCAGUCAUAAUAGAGAGGUGAUGGAACUAAAAAUGUCAUUUGAACAAGAUAAAGCAGGUAUGCUGAAGGACUUCCACUUACAGAAGGAGUUUAUACAUGGUGAGCACGAGAAGGAGACCGAGAAUCUCAAGUCUUUACACAGACAGGAAGUCACAGAUCUCGAGAAAAGGAUGCAUUUGAGACAAGAAAAGGAUGCAAAGAAAAUUGCAGGACUAGAACUGCGUGAGCAGGAGUUAAGAGAAGAAGUUGUUCAGUGUAAUCAGUUGAGGAAACAACAGUUAGUGGAGCUAGGCCUACUGAGAGAAGAAGAGAAGCAAACUAUGCAGAGGGAACAAGAAACGGAGAUGAACAAACUAAAAUCUGAAAUGGAGCAGCAAAGGUUAGAGUUACAGAAGACUCAUAGUACAGAAAUGGAGCAUGUCCUUGGAAAGACUAAUGAAAGAUUGAAACAGAUAGAGAGGGAAUAUUCAGAAAGAGCUCAAAAAUCUGCAGACACCAUUUCAGAAUUACAUGCCACAAUUAAUCAGCUUAGAGAUGAUAUGAAAAAGCAGAGGGAAUCAUCAGACAACAAGUUGUCAGAACUGGUCAAUAAAUAUGAUGAGGAGAAGAAAAUCCUGAAGAAACAUUACAAUUCCAAUCUUUCUACUGUACAAAAAGAGUUAGAAUCAAAAUACACAAAGGUGCGCCAGUUAGAGCGACAGCUUGACCAAAAAGAAACUGACCAGGAAGAAAAGAUUACACAUUUGAAAAUGUCAUAUGAAGAAAAGAUGAGAGGACUCAUGCCUAACUCUAUUAGAAUGGAACUUGACAGCACUAUAGAAUCUUUAAAAUCGCAAAUCUCGUCUCUGCAGCAGAAAUGUGCAUUGCUACAAGAAGAACUAGAUAUGCAGAGUAAAUUUCCACUGGGUACAUUUGGAUCUAGAACAAGUUCUCCAAUCAAAUCCUCAUCCUGAUGACAAUAUGUUACUAUAUUUAGUAACAUAUUUACUAUAUUUAGUAACGAUUUCUAUGUUUAGUAACAAACUGUAUGGACUUAGGCAGCGGCGGCCAUUUUGAAUGUUGACUUUAUUAAUUCACUUACUGCAGCUGAAAUCUUGCCAUGACAAAUGAUGUUGUUUUCGUUAGAUUACUGUGUCUCUCUUUAAGAAAAUGAUAUAUGUGCGUGUACAAAUUAUUUCUACAGAUUAUAUGUCAAAGUAAAGGAAAGUCGUCGUUUGUAACAAUUAUAAUUUUGACAAGGCAAUGUUUUCUCGCUUAGAGACGAUGCUGUUAUUGGAUUUAGAUAAAUGUUUUCAAUUGAUCAUUACUAGAAAUCAUCGAUGAUUAUGGUUUAACAUUUCACGAUUAUAACUAGGAUGAUUCUCUUGUUUACUUUGUAUUCCCAAAAGUAUUUAAGGGUUGUCUUUUCAAGUGUUUAGCAUUUGGAAGUAAUUCUAUUGCAACUUGUCUAAAUAAUUCAUGCUACUAAAUGAGAAGUGAAGUAGUAAAGUCAGUAUCUAGAAAGAACCAAAAUAACUGUGAUAAUCAUGUUUAUAAGUUGUUAUAUUACAUGUAUGUAGAUUUUAUUUAUGUAUAUAUAAAUUGUGCUUUUUAUACAAAUGUAUAUGUACAUACCAUUUAUUUAGCAAAAAGGAAAUAUUUAUUUAUAAUUUUGUGACAUUUUGGUAUAAAAGAGGUCACUUGGGCUUAUGUUUUUCCUAAAUAAGGUAGCCAGUUAAAGUAGUUUAUAUGUUUAGUUUUACUCUUUUUAACG